AUGAGUUGAUUUGUUUUCGUCGCCACCCACUUUAACAUUAGAAAUUUCGCUAUGUUUGCAUAUAUUUUGCUUUCUGUUUUUUCCUUCAUUCUAUGCUUUUGGUAUCUGAAGAGGAAAAAACAUUUUUCUUUGUUUCGAAAGUUGGGUAUUCCCGGUCCUCCUCCAAAUGUAUUUUUUGGAAAUUAUUUGGAAAUAUUCUUAAAGGGAAGCAUACAACCACAAAAACAAUGGAUAUCCAGAUAUGGUAAAGUACUCGGAUAUUAUCAUGGCGAGGUUCCAGUUUUGCUAGUGGCGGAUGCAAAUUUAUUGAAGAAUAUAUUGAUCAAAGAUUUUCAGAAAUUUAUAGAUCGAUCUACACUAGUGAGAGAAAAUUCAACUUUCGGACGUGCAUCUCAACACUUAAUUUUUUUGAGAGGAACGAAAUGGAAACAACUCAGAAGUGUUAUGACACCUUCUUUUACCGCGAGCAAGAUGAAAAUGAUGUCACCAAUGAUAAAUGAUGCCAUUAAAGAACUAUUGGAAAAUUUUGAGAAAUUUUGCCAGUCUGGAGAAGACUUUGAAGUAUAUACAUUGUUUCAAAGGUUAACUUUAGAUGUGAUUGUUAGAAUUGCCUUUGGAAUUCAAUCUAACGCACAGAAAAAUCCGAAAGAUCCCUUAUUUCAUUUGGUUUAUCUUAUGUUUCAUAUUCCGUUUCGAUUCUUGUUCUCUCUUUUAGCAAAAUCUUUCGGUUUUCUUCAACCGUUUUUGGGAAUAAUUCGAAAAUUAACUGCAAUCAUCGGAAAUAAAGGUACUAGUCCACUAAAUGAUCUUAUCAACAAAUGCGUAGCCAUUGUCAAAGCUCGUCAAAAUGAUCCAACGGAAAAUCUCAACGUUGAUUACCAAGAUUUGGCUGCUAGCGAUAACGUAGAAAAAGAAGUUGAUGUUAAGAAAGUGAAGAAUGAAACCGUCAAAUCGAGACGUUUGACUAUGGAUGAAAUGACAUCAAAUGCAUUUAUAAUACUUUUGGCCGGAUACGAAACCACGAGUACAGCUCUGGCUCUUUGCACUCUGAUGUUAGCUAAUUUUCCCGACGUUCAGGAAAAAAUAAGAAAAGAAGUAAAAACUCUGAUAGAAGAAGAGAAUGAAUUGAAUUACAGCACCGUUCAGAAAUUACAAUAUCUGGAUCAAGCAUUUAAAGAAAUACUUCGACUUUAUCCUCCAGUAUAUUUAUUCGUAGAUCGUGAAGCUAACGAAGAUGUUGUUUACGGCGACAUUUUCAUUCCUAAAGGGAUGAUAGUGCAAGUUCCCUCCUUUUUGUUACAUCGCGAUCCGGAUUAUUGGGAUCGACCCGAAGAAUUUCGUCCCGAAAGAUUCGCACCGGAAGUUGCCCGUAAAAAUAAUCCUUUGGCAUGGCAAACUUUCGGAGCUGGACCCAGAAAUUGUGUAGGAAUGAGAUUUGCACAGAUGGAAGCAAAAUUAGCUUUGGCUCACAUAUUAAAUAAAUACCGCAUAUUACCUUACGAAAAGACCGAUAAGUUUCCUUUCGAACUGGAAUUGACUCCAAAUGUUAUAAGACCUAAACGUGGUCGACACUCCUACUUUCUCUGCUGUCUCGUAAUGUUUUUGCAAAUAUUUUUACCAGUUUUCUCCAUUUUGUUGUAUUUAUGGUAUCAAAAAAGAAGGAAGCAGUUUUCAGUUUUCAAUAAAAUCGGAAUUUCCGGGCCUCAACCAAACAUAUUUUUUGGAAAUUCGUUGGAAUUAUUUUUAAAGGGACCUUUACGGACCCACAAAGAGUGGAUUUCCAAAUAUGGCAAAGUUCUAGGAUAUUAUUAUGGCACGACUCCGGUUUUGUUUGUUACAGACACGGAAUUAUUGAAAAAUAUUCAAAUCAAAGAUUUCCAUAAUUUUUCAGAUCGAGCGAUUCUCCAUACAGAAAGCAAAGAGCAACCUUCAAAUCGAUUAGCUCAUAAUUUACUUAAUUUGAAAGGUGCAAAAUGGAAGCAGAUGAGAAGCGUAGUUACACGUUCUUUUACCACAAGCAAGAUGAAACUGAUGUCGCACAUUAUAAACGAUGCCAUUGAACUUCUCUUAAACAAUUUUGACAAAUUAUGUGACUCGAAAGAAGCUUUUGAUUCCUAUGUUCUGUACCAAAGGCUGACUAUGGAUGUAAUUGUCAGAACUGCCUUUGGUUUUCAGUCCGAUAUUCAGAUAAAUCCUAAAAGUUCUCUUUAUAAAUUGUGCAAUAUUUUUAUAAAUGCACCCUUUAGACAUUUGUUUCUACUCUUUACAAAAUCUUUUGAGUUUCUCCAACCGUUUUUUCGACUUAUUCGCAUCAUUUCUGGUGUGAUAAUCAACAGAAGAACGAAUCCUCUGAAGGAAUUGUUAGCUAAUUGUGAAGCCAUCAUCAACUCUCGCAAGAAUAAUCCUACAAAAAGACGAACAGAUUUUCUCCAAUUGAUGAUCGAUGCCCGAAUCGAAGAUAAAGCCAACAUUGAUUAUCAAUCUCUAGCUGCUAGCGAAAGCGUCGACAAGGAAAGUAACGAGAAAGAAUUAAUUAACGGCACUUCCAACUCUAGAUCAUUGACCAUGGACGAAAUGGUAGGAAAUGCACUCGUAUUCCUUCUUGCUGGGUUCGAAACUACAAGUACAGCUUUAUCUUACUGCUCUCUGAUGCUGGCUAAUUUUCCGGAAGUUCAAGAAAAGAUUAGAAAAGAAGUAAAUGAUCUGCUGGAAAAAGAGGAAGAAUUAGAUUACGGUUCAGUACAGAAAUUGCAAUAUUUGGAUCAAGUACUCAAGGAGAUACUCCGUUUGUAUCCGCCUAUUUAUUUAUUUGUAAACAGAAAAGCCUCCGAUAAUGUUCAAUACGAUAAUAUAUUUAUUCCGAAAGGAAUGUCUAUUCAAGUUCCAGUUUACUGGUUACAUCGCGAUCUGGAUAACUGGGAAAAUCCCGAAGAAUUUCGUCCAGAAAGGUUUGCUCCAGAGAAUGCAAACAAACGCAAUCCUCUUUCGUGGCAGCCGUUUGGAGCGGGACCCAGAAACUGUGUUGGUAUGAGAUUCGCAAUGAUGGAAGUCAAAUUAGUUUUGGCUCGGCUCUUACGAAAAUAUCGUAUAUUGCCGUGUGAAAAGACCGAUAAGUUUCCCAUUCGGUUGAAACCUACGCCGGUUUCUAUCAAACCGAAGUAUGGAGCUUAUUUUAAAUUAGAGCGUUGCUGAUCAUUGUAUAUUCUGUUAUAGAAUUAUCAAAACAUUUUGCGAAUUAAAAUGUUUUUUGUUGAA